UCCUUGCCAAACAACAUAAAGAAGGAGUAAUCCUCCUUGUCCUUGAGUAAAGUGUGAGCUAGCAAUGGCUUCCUCUCACCUCCACUUCUUCCUGAUCUUCACCUUCCUCCUGAUUGCCACCUCCCUGAACCAAACCCAGGCAAGGGAGAGCCGCUUCUUCAGCAAGUCCACGCCCUACGACCAACCAACUCAAGGUGAAGAGCAACAAAAGCAAGAAGAGAAGGUCGACUUCACCCCCCUCUCUGCCUUCAAGGAGAGCUCCUCCCCAUCACAGGAAAACCAGAGCGGCCAUGGCCUCUACGGCCACGAUCCCACCCAAUUCCCUCCCACCACCACCACCACCAUGAACCCUGAAACCGAGUCGGCUCCCCUUGAUCUCAGCUCUUUCAGGACAGCCGCCAACGAGUACAACAGCUUCGCCAGCAAGGACCUCAACUCUGGCUUCUCCGGCUUUGGCAUGAGCGACACCCGGCUCCUGGAGAACGGCAAGUACUUCUAUGACCUUCAGAAGGAAGGAUAUCAAAAUGGCUUCCCUGAUAACAGGGGAACUUCUGGUUCUGGUUUUCAGUACCCAACUGAGAACAGAUAUGGAGGUUAUGGCAAUGAGAACAGAUAUGAAGGAUAUGAGAACAGAUACGGAGGAUACAAUGGUAACCAGAACAGAUAUGGAGGAUACGGUAGUAAUGAGGAGAACAGAUAUGGAGGCUAUAGCCGCAAUCAGAAUGGCUACUAUCUGAACAACUACUACAACCAGGAGGAACAAGACAUGUUUAUUCCUUAGACAGAGUGUUGUAGUUUCUUUAGUUCUUUUAGUCUUGAUGGUCUUCAAGUAUUUGCCAGUAUUGUUGGUGAUGCAAAUGUGUAACUAAAUAUGGGUGUUCCUGCAGGUUCAAUUUUUGUUUUCUGGGUCUUAAUGCAAAGUAAAUAAUUUUCUAUA